GCUGGCGCCGCGGCGGCCGGCAGACCCCGCGCUCCGGCCCGGCUCUGCUCGGCUCUGCUCGGUGCGCGCCGCGGCCAUGCAGCGCCGGGGCGCCCUGUUCAGCAUGCCGGGCGGCAGCGGCAGCAGGAAGAUGGCUGCAGGAGACAUCGGCGAGCUUCUGGUGCCCCACAUGCCCACCAUCCGCGUGCCCAGGUCCGGGGACAGGGUCUACAAGAACGAGUGCGCCUUCUCCUACGACUCCCCUAACUCUGAAGGUGGACUCUAUGUAUGCAUGAAUACAUUCUUGGCCUUUGGAAGGGAACACGUUGAAAGACAUUUUCGAAAAACUGGACAGAGUGUGUACAUGCACCUGAAAAGACAUGUGCGAGAGAAGGUAAGAGGGGCAUCUGGUGGAGCUUUGCCAAAAAGGAGGAAUUCCAAGAUUUUUUUAGAUCUAGAUACUGAUGACGAUUUAAAUAGCGACGAUUAUGAAUAUGAAGAUGAAGCCAAACUUGUUAUAUUCCCAGACCACUAUGAAAUAGCACUACCAAAUAUUGAGGAGUUGCCAGCCCUGGUGACAAUUGCCUGCGAUGCAGUUCUUAGCUCAAAAUCUCCAUACAGAAAGCAGGACCCAGACACAUGGGAAAAUGAGUUGCCAGUAUCUAAAUAUGCCAAUAACCUCACCCAGUUGGACAAUGGUGUCAGGAUUCCUCCAAGUGGUUGGAAGUGUGCCAGGUGUGACCUGCGGGAGAACCUCUGGUUGAAUCUGACCGACGGCUCUGUCCUGUGUGGGAAGUGGUUCUUCGACAGCUCUGGGGGUAAUGGGCAUGCACUGGAGCACUAUAGAGACAUGGGCUACCCUCUAGCUGUGAAGCUGGGAACCAUCACUCCCGAUGGGGCAGAUGUUUAUUCUUUUCAAGAAGAGGAACCUGUUUUGGAUCCUCAUUUGGCCAAGCACCUAGCGCAUUUUGGAAUCGAUAUGCUUCACAUGCAUGGGACAGAGAAUGGGCUUCGGGACAAUGACAUCAAGCCCAGGGUCAGCGAGUGGGAAGUGAUCCAGGAGUCGGGGACGAAGCUGAAGCCCAUGUAUGGCCCCGGGUACACGGGUCUGAAGAACCUGGGGAACAGCUGCUACCUCAGUUCAGUCAUGCAGGCCAUCUUCAGCAUCCCAGAAUUCCAGAGAGCGUAUGUAGGAAACCUUCCAAGAAUAUUUGACUACUCGCCUUUAGAUCCAACACAAGAUUUCAACACACAGAUGACUAAGUUAGGACAUGGCCUUCUUUCGGGUCAGUACUCAAAGCCUCCAGUGAAAUCGGAGCUCAUUGAGCAGGUCAUGAAAGAGGAGCACAAGCCUCAACAGAAUGGGAUCUCUCCACGCAUGUUUAAGGCCUUUGUCAGCAAGAGCCACCCAGAGUUCUCCUCCAACAGGCAGCAGGAUGCCCAGGAAUUUUUCUUGCACUUGGUGCAUCUCGUAGAGAGGAACCGCAUCGGCUCAGAAAACCCGAGUGAUGUUUUUCGGUUUUUGGUGGAAGAGCGUAUUCAGUGCUGUCAGACCCGGAAAGUCCGUUAUACGGAGAGGGUGGAUUACCUGAUGCAGUUGCCCGUGGCCAUGGAAGCAGCAACCAACAAGGAUGAACUGAUUGCCUAUGAACUAACGAGAAGGGAAGCAGAAGCCAACAGAAGACCCCUUCCUGAGCUGGUGCGAGCCAAGAUACCCUUCAGUGCCUGCCUUCAGGCCUUUUCUGAACCAGAAAAUGUUGAUGAUUUCUGGAGCAGCGCCCUCCAAGCAAAGUCUGCGGGUGUGAAAACAUCCCGCUUUGCCUCAUUCCCAGACUACUUGGUCGUGCAGAUAAAGAAGUUCACUUUUGGUCUUGACUGGGUUCCCAAAAAAUUUGACGUUUCUAUUGACAUGCCAGACCUACUUGACAUCAGCCACCUCCGAGCCAGGGGGUUACAGCCAGGAGAGGAGGAACUUCCGGACAUCAGUCCCCCCAUAGUCAUUCCUGAUGACUCAAAAGAUCGGCUGAUGAACCAAUUGAUAGACCCCUCCGACAUCGAUGAGUCAUCAGUGAUGCAGCUGGCCGAGAUGGGCUUCCCUCUGGAAGCAUGUCGGAAGGCUGUGUACUUCACGGGAAACAUGGGAGCCGAGGUGGCCUUCAACUGGAUCAUUGUUCACAUGGAAGAGCCGGAUUUUGCUGAACCGCUGACCAUCCCUGGUUAUGGAGGAGCAGCUUCUGCUGGAGCCUCUGUAUUUGGUGCUACUGGAUUGGACAAUCAACCUCCAGAGGAGAUCGUAGCUAUCAUCACCUCCAUGGGAUUCCAGCGAAAUCAGGCUGUGCAGGCGCUACGAGCAACGAAUAAUAACCUGGAAAGAGCACUGGACUGGAUCUUUAGCCACCCUGAGUUCGAAGAAGACAGUGACUUUGUGAUUGAGAUGGAGAAUAAUGCCAACGCAAACAUUAUUUCUGAAGCCAAACCUGAAGGACCUAGAGUCAAGGAUGGAUCUGGAAUGUAUGAAUUAUUUGCAUUCAUCAGUCACAUGGGAACAUCUACAAUGAGUGGCCAUUAUGUUUGCCACAUAAARAAGGAAGGAAGAUGGGUGAUCUACAAUGAUCACAAAGUUUGUGCCUCAGAAAGGCCCCCAAAAGACCUGGGCUACCUGUACUUYUACCGCAGGAUACCAAGCUAAACCUCACACAUACGGAUUGGCGAGAAGAAGCCAUAACGCCUUUUUAAUUUGCCAAAAAAAAAAAAAAAAAGAAGAAAGAAAAAAAUUUGAGACAAGCCAACAUGAAGGAAUACAUGGGGGUAUUUAUAGUUUAUUUAAAGAGCACGAUCAUUUGGCACCUUCUGAAAUAGAAUUGGGAAGAAAUUUCUAUUAGUGAUGAUACUCUAUUGUAGAUAGUUUUUAUAAACAUAGUUCAAGGAGAGGUUGGUAUAAACAAAGGUAUUCAUAUUGCUGGUGUGGCACCUACCAUCAGCACAUCAAAAAUGGGGAUGUGCCCCCAGCCCUCUGUUUCGCUUUGGAGGUCAAGAGAUAGUGGCCUCCAGAGAAAUCAAUCAAUGAGGCCCAUGGUGUGGCCUCACCUACAGUAAAUAAAAAGCCCACAUUUUGUUUCAUACAGAAAAUCAGCAACUGGGCUGGGCUUUACUUGUGGCAUAGUCUUUUUCAUUACGCACAAUAAUUUCUGACCUAUCCAUGUAUAAUAGAACAUCCACAGUGAAAGAUAUUUUUAAUUUAAACCAUAUCAAAAUUCAUAAUAACGACUGUAUGAAUGUGUGUGAGAGUGAGCGAGAGUGUGCGACCUUUCUAGUCCACUAGGAAAUCUGUGAUGGGUUGGCUUUUGAAGGCUAAAUAGUUGGUAUUAAGCAUAUCUGGAAAAGGCAAGUUAAUAUUUUGACAAAACUAUAACUCAGGAACAGUUAAAAAAAAUUAGUUCCCCACUUAGAUUUUAAGGAGUAAAAAGGGCUGAGUUAUUCCCUUUAAGUGUUGUCAAGAGAAAUUCACUUGGGACUGUGACAUUUGGUGGUAUAAUGCCACAYGUCCACAGGAGCCUAUGAUCGUCCUUUGCCAAAGGUGGAUGAAUUCUCUUUUUCUUAGCAGCCCAUUCCCCAAAAGGUGUAGUGUUUUAUUUUUAGUUAGAAUAGCUACUCUCUUCUUACACCAYGUGGCAAUUCCUUGGAAUCUUGUUAUACACCCCAACUUUGUGUGUCAUUCUCUCGUCUCUGAGCUCUUUGCUUGCCUCCCUGUCCAUGCUUUUCUGGGGCCAGUCUUGUUUCUGCCCUGUUUGGUUUGUCACCUCGUGACUUGCCCUCGAUGCUUAUUGGCUAUGACUGACAAUGUGAUACAAAGACAUUUAAUAUGUCACUGUAAAAGGCCACCCUUUCUAUUUUGGUUAUUUAAGUAUUUUAGGUGCAACCUGGGAUUAUAUCAGAGUUUCUAAUACAAAUAAAAUGAGGAAUAAUUUUCCUACUGCUUUGUACCAAAUCCCAGAGUCUCUGGAGUUUCUAUUUCAGAUUAUUCAGUCAAAUGAAGAAGGAUUAAUUGCUGUCUGCUUAACCCGUGUUUGUUCAAAUUGAUAGGAUCUUUCUAGAAACUGUAGGAAAAUAAAGCAGAACCAAUUGGGGGAAAUGAAGCACAGGCAUGAGAUUGGGAUGUGUGAUGAGUCUGGAGUAAUCGGGAUUGGUGGUGAUCGGGCCCUGGCUCACAGGAGAUCAUUUAUGCCCUGUGAGCGAGGGAUGAGGGCUGGAGGCAUAUGGCCUUCAGACCUGGGUGCUGCCCCUGACAGUGUGGGCAAGGCCUUAUCCUCCCUGUGCCUCACUCUCCUCAUCCGMACAAUGGUGUAGGACAUCUGCCCUCUCUUUCUAGUCGUGCUGUGGGGCUCUGAUGAGAUUUGAGCCUUCACAGGUAGAAGGUGUGGCCCUCGGCGGGUCCAGUAGAGCAUGCUCCCUGCCUGAUGAGAUUGGCAGAAGGGGGGAGCUCAUGGUGCAUUCUCUACUACACUGUGCCCAAUGGUGUCACCUUCUGGUGUUGACUCAGAGGUCCUAAGCAGACCCAUUCUCUUGCACAGGCCCCUGACUCUGGUGGAAAUCCCCACACUAAGUAGCCUUACAAAAUCCAGUGCCCUUGGGGCCAACUAUUGUGAAUAAUGUCUCCAAAUACUCAUCAAAAAUGACUUGUUUUCAAUGAUGUUGCAAAGCCAAAGGCCUUUUGGGGGCAGGAGGGGACAAAUUUAGAUUGCAUUGUAUACAAAGACAGCAUGUGUAUUUUGAACAGACUGAAAAUUUUGUAAUAAAAUUUUCCAAAAUUAAUGGCAUAAAAUCUGUACUUAAGAUUACAGGCUCUAAAUUAUUUGGUUUCCCUAGGUAGAAAACAUCAUUUAGCCCUUUUGAUGCCUAAAACAUACCGUAAAGAAAGUGUACUACGGCUGCCUUUUUUCUGUCUCACGAAACAAAGGGCUAUUUCUACAAGGCAAGGUUUUGUAUAUGUGCUAUUCUUUAUUUCAGAUCUAGACUUGGAGAAAACUGGAGGAAACAAUGGAUUUCUUUCCUGUUUAAGAAAAUGUAUUUAUAUGUGUCUCUUAAUAUAUAUAUAAGCAGGUUCCCUGGAAUAAAAGUCUGGAAUGUGCUGCUUAGUAUUACAYAUAGAUGUAGACAAGAUUAUUUGUGAUGGAAAACUGGAAUAACGUGUGGGUUGUGUCAACUGAUCAGCCUGUUAAGAGUCCUCUGUGUGAGGCUUGGUGGUAUAAUUGUGAAGUUCUCACUGUAUGUAGGUGUCUAUGCGAAAGACAACGCUUUYUUCCUGUAAAUACCUUUUGAUAUCUUUGUGUAGAAUCCCAAUGAAUGUGUCUUUGGAAAAUAUAAUGUAUCAAAAUUUUUUAUUUUGUCCAUUGAUCUAAACGCCCAAAUAACUAAUCAGAAAUUCAUUUUGGUUCAGAGUGGGAUUUUUCUUUUAGAGUAAAAAUAUAUACAUAUGCAGAGAAAACUAUGGAAAGAUUCAUGCUUUAAUGACAUUUUACAUCAAUAUUGCUUCAGUAUUUUUGAAAUGACCAGCCUGUUUUCUCAAACCUACAAGAGAAUGUGCCUGCCAUUUCCCCAUUGCUUAAAAACUUUGGGCUCCCUGCAUCAUUUACCUGAGCCAGAGCCUCACCUGCAGUACACAGAGAAAACACCCAGGUUUGUAUCCCAGCUCWGCUUCUACAUCUGGUGGGACUGAGUCACUUGACCUCUCUGGGUUUUUGUCUUUUAAAUGACCAGAAAAACUCAGAAGUCCCUUCCUGCCCUAACAUUCUAUUCUAUUGUUAUUUUCCUGUGGUCACUACCAGAAUCAAACAUGUGAAAUGUAGGGAUCACUUAGAGGUUUAGAUGUUCAGUUUUUAGAUUAUUGCAAUUUAUACACCCCAAUGUAAGACCUGUGUCAUUUUUAGGGUUUCCACUUCAUCUCUAUUGCUGCUCUACUCUCCUUUCUCUGGUAACCAUCUCAUUUUUUCCCCCACUCUGGAAAUUCAGAACGUUCUAGUCUGUGAGGUACUUUGCUAUCAUCCCUCUCAAACAACGAAAACAAUCCAUUCAGAACACCACCUUGGAAGAGCACCAGAAUGACCUUUGGUUAAGUCCAUAACAUUUGCAGAAUAUUUUAAACUUCUGAUUUGGUUAUAGAUCACUAUGAUCUCCAUAUGGAUGCUGGAAAAGGUGUCUGUCCAAGAAGGAAUGUCAUUUGCCUCAUACAGGUAUCCCUGCUGCUAAAUCUCAGAGUUCAGACUGUCUGUGGGGAGAUGGCUGGGACCAGGGGCAGGACCAGGGGAUGAGAUUAGAUGAACAUGUGAUUUUUAUCCUUUAGGUAAAAAAGCCCAGGCCACAGAAGGUUCUGAACUCCUCUGUUGGUGUGUACAAUUGUCUACACAGUAUCAUAGAGAUUUUCUACUCAACAAAUUGUCCUGAAAGAGUUUGCAUGAAAUUGUCUAGAUCUGUGCUUUUCAUUCAGCACGGUAUCCACAUAUGGCAAGUGACCCUUGGAAUUUGGCCUGUCCAAAUUGAGAUCGUGCUGUGUGCAUAAAAUGCAGUGCCAGAUCUUGAAGG